AUGGAUACACCACAAACACCCCAAGUUCGGAUCCCUGGCGAAACCCCCGAAUCGACCCAAUCUGAACCCAAUACAACUGCGACUGCGACUGCGACUGCGACUGCGACUGCGACUGCGACUGCGACUGCGACUGCGACUGCGAAUCACAAUUCCACCGAGAUAGAGAUGGGAGGAACACAGGACACAAGCCAACCUGAACCCGCACCUGCGCAAGAAGAUUCGACACUUCCAGAUGUGCAGGCAGAGCCAGAACCACCCGCUCCGGCAAAGAAGAACGCGGGAUUCAACUUCCUUGACACAACCACUCGUAGCUUCCUGACUUCACCUAUCGUUGAGAUUAUCGUUGGGAAAGGCGACGAUGAGACCGUUAUGACAGCUCAUCAAUCCCUCCUAAUGGAGGCGCCCCUACUAACCGAGUUUGUUAAGAAAUUUGAAGCGUCAGGCCCUCGACGUGUCAGCCUACCAGAAGAGGAUGUCGAUGCCUUCAGUUGCUUCCUCCAGUUCCAGUAUACGCGUGAUUACACUGUGGUUCAAACGGAAACACCUGGGGAAGACAAACGCGGUGACGAGUUGCUGCGCCAUGCGCGUAUUUACACCCUGGCAGAGAAACUGGGCCUGCCAAACCUCCAGCGCAUUGCCCAUGGCAAAAUUCAUAAGGUCGAGAGCUCACCUCACGCGGAGCUUUCAUAUGCCCGUUACGUAUACACUCAUACACCAGCAGCAGACACUACCAUCCGGAAGCCUGUGGCGACUUACUGGGCGAACCAAAGUCACGUGCUGCGCCAGGAGGUUGGGGACGACUUUAAGAAGCUGUGCAUUGAAGUACCAGAGUUUUCCUUUGAUGUUUUGACUAUCAUUCUGGAUCGCAAGCUGAAGAACGGAUCGGUGGAUGAGAUCAAGGGGAGUGCGCGCAAACGCAGAAGAGACAUCUAG